UUUCUCCCGUAGAAUUUCCCGCUAGGGAAUCACGUUGACGUCAAGAUGGCGCUCUUCUUCGAGCAAGCUGUCAAAACUGCUCUGCAAAAUUACUCAAAGUCCGUUGCAAAGCCUCUUCACUAUGGGACUGCCGGAAUUCGAGACAAAGGAGAAAUCUUGGGAUCGUGCAUGUUUCGCAUGGGUAUUCUUGCUGCAUUGCGCUCAAAAUACAAAAAAGCCGUGGUUGGCGUCAUGAUCACCGCAUCCCACAAUCCGGAAGAUGACAAUGGAAUCAAGCUUAUUGAUCCAAUGGGUGAAAUGAUGGAAACCGACUGGGAAAUAUUGGCAACCGAGCUGGCCAAUGCUCCGGAUAGCUCGUUGGAAUCUGUGCUGGAUCGAAUAGUGGCAGCAACAAACAUCAACCUUCAGGAACCCUCUAAUGUAUGCCUAGCUAAUGACACACGAGCGAGCAGUCCUGGGCUAGCGCAGGCUGUCAGUGACGGUGUCAAGUGCGUUGGUGGAGUCGUCAAGGCAUUUGGCCAUCUGACCACACCCCAACUGCACUAUAUUGUACGCUGCAGCAAUGACCCAAGCUAUGGGGAGCCCACAGAAGAAGGUUACUUUAAGAAGCUAACAAAGGCCUUUAUGCAGAUUAGAGCGAAUGGCUCGGCUGUACGCAACUACGUCCCCUUCAUUCGUCUUGAUGGUGCCAAUGGAGUGGGAGCUAUGAAGAUGAAAACGCUGCUGCCUUACUUGGGAGGUCUUCUGAAGAUAGAGACAUACAAUGAUGGCUCGGAAGGCCGGUUAAACCACAUGUGUGGUGCAGAUUUUGUGAAAAUAUAUCAGAAAGCUCCCGAAGGAAUUCCACUUGAUGUUGGAGUGAGGUGCGUUUCAUUUGAUGGUGAUGCUGACCGAGUCAUUUAUUUUUAUCAUGAUGAAAACCUCGUCUUCCAUCUUCUCGAUGGCGACAAGAUUGCCACUCUGGUGGCCAGCUACUUGAAGGAAUUGCUUGAUGCAGCAAUGCUGUCCUUGAAUAUGGUCAUUGUUCAGACAGCCUAUGCCAAUGGAAGCUCAACAAACUACAUCACUAAUGUGUUGAAGGUACCUGUAAAAUGUGUACCCACAGGAAUUAAGCAUUUGCACCGGGAGGCCCAGAAGGCAGAUAUUGGAAUCUACUUUGAGGCCAAUGGUCAUGGCACUGUCCUCUUUAGUGAGAAGGCACAACAGGCCAUCCAAGACUUGGCCAACGAUAGCAACCAAUAUGUUGAGAGGCAACAGGCUGCCAAGAAGCUUUUGUACACGAUAGACCUCAUAAAUCAGACUGUAGGCGAUGCCAUCUCAGACAUGCUACUAGUGGAGACAGUUCUUCAUGCCAAAGGCAUCUGUGCCCCUGAAUGGAACUCCUUUUACACGGAACUUCCAAACAGGCAACUCAAAGUUCAUGUAGCAAAUCGGAACGUAAUUACAACCACCAAUGCAGAGCGCCGGUGCCUCUCUCCAAGUGACUUGCAGCCUGCAAUCGACCAAUUAGUUCAGAGCUAUCACAAUGGAAGGGCCUUUGUCAGGCCAUCUGGAACUGAAGAUAUUAUCCGUGUUUAUGCAGAGGCUAGCACUCAGGAUGCAGCCAACAAGCUUGCCUAUGAAGUUGGCAUGAAGGUUUAUGAACUUGCUGGUGGUAUUGGUGAAAAGCCCAAGCUGUUGGUCUGAAGUGUGACUGCUGGGGCCUCUGAAUUCAAAGGGACCCACCCUGGAUGUCUGAGGCCAUGCUGACAACAGUACUCCAGCCAAACUCACCUUUUCUACGAUUGUAAAUGUUACACUUCUGGCAGAAAUUAUGAAGGAGGCAAAAUUUUUAGAUAAGGGUGAGAAAACUGUUUUUUUAACGGCACAGUGUGGUCUGUCCCAGACAUUUACUACCUUAUCAUUUCCUGGUGCUGUGCUGUUCCUGCAUGGGCUUGUGAGAACAGAAAGUCCUCCAGAUGCAGGUAGGCUUGGUUUGAGAGGGUUCGUUCUGUGGCUUGUACAAGUCUUUGUCCCCAAGGGACCAUGGAUCAAGUUUCUGUUUCUGUGUGCUUGCCAGAAGCAUGUCAUGAGAUCAGCCAUGUUAUUGGAACCAUCUCUCAUCCUGCUCUAAGCUUCCACUCAGCAUUUCAAGUUGAUGGCAUUUUGCUGGUGGCUUUUGUGAUAAUCAACUGUUCUGGAUGUUUCUGAGCUGGUGUGCUGCCACAGCAUAAGUAAGUUUGCAUGUGUGAGCAUGUCCUUUAUGAAAUGUGCUACAACAUUCCCAAAAGUUAUCACCUCUACUAGGUACUUAUAGGAAAAGAACUACACUAGCUUUGGAGGUGGACGUGUAUAGUUGUUGGCACCAUUGAUGAGGCAAUACAUGAGCCCCACUUGUGUUUUGUGCACUGUGGAUGUGACCUUUCGUUGCCCUUGUGCCAGCAGCUUGUGCACUCUUCGUCCCUGUGACUUUGCUUUUCUGUUCAUCCAGUAAUAGGUGCUCUUAGCUUAAACUGGUUGCUUGGUACAUUCUGGUACCAAACAACAAGUUACGUUGUAUUGCAGGUAGGUGAGUAGAUUUUACACCGUGUACUUAAUGUAACUGUUAAUUUGCUCUGCAGCCUUGUUGGGCAAAUCUGUUGCACGUCUCUUUUAUACUUUUAUCAUGACAUAAAUUUACCUGCCUAAAUGAAAGGCAGGUCCUCCUUCCUUGGCAUAGCACAAUCUUGUCAUUUUUACUCUGAGUGCUGUAUUUGCUGAAUGCCAGUCAAGCUUGUUCUUACCUCCAGCUGUACCUCUUUGAAAGCAUAGAUAUUACAUGUAUAGGUAGGCAGCUGCAAGCACUGGAUGUUUCCAAGAACUAUGUAGCAGAUUGUAAAUGUGCUGGUACUAAGGUUGUACAUGUCGUCAUUCCGACUGAUAGUUGCGUACGAUGCGAUCUUGCUUGGUUGUAUUUCUUGCUUUGCUGUGUUUGUUUAAUUUGGCAUUAACUGUCGACUUUCGUCGGUUGUUUCAUUCGAAGUGCACUACCUAUCUUCCGUGUUAAACUUAUCAAUACUUCAGGAAUGCAAGUGCACAAGUGUCUACUGCCUUCACAUUGUCUCUGUCAGGGCAGAUUUCUGUGUUUUUUACACUUUACAUUCCUAGAGUCUGUUCUGUCUACAAACUUCUGAUGAGCUUUGUAGCAAUUUGGGCCUCUUGCAAGUCUUCUACUUUAUGAUACCAGUAUUCGAGAAAGCCUCUUCUUCCUACCGCACACGAAUGCUUAAGAAGUACACUGCAGGUUGCAGAAGGUCUGGAAGAGAAGAUUGGUUUGAAUCCUGUUGUCAUUUACAUGCUGCUAGUAUUAAGCAUACCUCUAUGCAGAAGUUCUGGAUAGGUCCUAUCGCAAGUUUGUUACAAGGUCAUUGCGCUAACUAGGUGCAUGUCAGGAUCGCCUGACUUGCAAGUAAAAGGGAGGAGUUUGUCUGUAGUGGUAGGCUGGAAUUGUAGCACUCUUAGCACUCCAUAUAGCUGGGUGCUCUUUUUAAAUAUUAUAUUUGUUCCUAAUUUAUUAGAAAUUUAGAUUUUACUUAGCAACUAAGGUUUUUUUUUUUAGUCAAGUGUUGAAGGAAGCUGUGGGGGGACACUUGGGCAAGGGGCAAGCAGUUUAACUCUUUUAGUGUAGAAUAAAUAAUGAGCCACAAUUUUCGACAUAACAUGCUCAGAAACACAAGCUUAGGCAGAAUGACCGAUAGCUUGAUAGAGGGCCAGAUUGUGUAUGAAAAGUUUUAUUGCGCUACAGUUUGAAACGCACCCAGAGGGGCAAAACUUGGCUAGUGACAGCAUGAAAUUAAGAGAGAGAUGUGGGAAAUUAGAACAUGUGGCAUGCAUGAGAUUGGUGCAUGAUGGAUGAGUGGAUGCUUAAUUAAGGGUUCGGUAGUGAUUAUUUUUUUUAAAUGUGAGGGCGCUAUGAAUAUUAUUUUUCAUUUUCAUGACAAGGACGUCUAGCUUUUUGCAGUAGAAGCAUACAAACAGAUAAACAUACGAGUGUCUGCAGCACAGUCUUCAGUGACUUCUUCAGUGACUAGAAAAAAUUUUCAUUGUGUUUUGCUUUUGUCAUCACAUAAAAGCAAGAAAAAACUGCAGGCUUGAGCAUGUUGUAAGAUUUCUUGCAGCGAAGUGGAGUGAAACAAGUUUAUGGAGGUGUGUCUCGGUACUUAAUGAUGUGCAGCAGCAUACUUUGUCUUGUGUGUUGCAAGUGUAUGCAUAUGUACCUUACUGUGCUGAAAACAAUGCAUCUCUAUGCAUUUUCAGGAGUAGCAUUUCAAUUGACAAUCCAUGAGACCUUAAAGUAUGUAGUAACCGCCACUUUUAAUUAAUUAAACAAGGUUUUUUUUCUUUCUCAAUUUAUAUUGUCAUAAUGCCAUUUCCAGCACAAUAGGCAUAAAGGAAGCAUGCCAACUCUAAUAAAUUCUACAUGCACGCUUUUACCCUUUAAAAAAAAAAUAUCUUAUCCACUGGUUCCAUUCACAUGUAUUGUGAUUUGAGGCCGUCCUUACUUGUGCACACAUUUCAUACAGUAUUUCCAAUGAAGUGAAUUUUGAAUGAAGUGCCACAGUUCAUUUUUGUAGGCUUGGGCAGUCUUGGUUCAGUUACUUUCAAAACUUCUUGAUUUUUAUUCAUAAAUGGGACAUUUCUUAGACUUUUGUCAUGCUUUGGAAAUAUACAGCAGGUGUGUUUGUUUAUUAUCUUUUUUGUUUCAAAUGAGUCACCUUUGGCGAAUAAGAAGAGUUGUAUAUGUAUACAUGUAUAUAUAUAUAUAUAUGAAAUAUAUAAUAUAUAUAUUUAAUGGGUAGGUUGUUGAAGCAGAUACUUAAGAGUUGUAUUGGUCUAUUUUCUCCUAUAUCCUUUUCCUGUGAUAAUGCUUUGGGGUGGCUCUUAACAGACCUCACUUGUGCCAACUUUGUUUUUUGUGUUUGCUUGUGGAGCUGCUGGAACUGUUAUUACCCUAGUUUUUUUAUGGCAUAUUUCACAUUCAUGGACUGUAUUUCAUGGCUGUAGAACUCUUUGGUCAUAGCACUUGUGACUACUGCCGAAACAGAACGCCAAUUUAGCCAAAAUUUUGCGGAACUGUAUAGUUGCACCACUUUCGUGGAGACAGGCUAAUGGGCACUUCUGAUGAUUUGUACCGGAGCUGCGUAUGCAAAGAUGUUCAUGUUUGCCAGGAAUCCAUGCAUCUGCUAUUUGAAACUCUGGUAGUGUUUCUGGAUUUUUUGUGUGUCAUCACAACUAGGUAUGAUUCAAGAGCAGUUUAGUGAUAAUGUUCUAGCAGUGGGUUUCAUUCUCAGGGCUAGUAGGGAGCAAAUCUGUAUUGGAACUUGUAUGUCAGUUUUGUUUGAAAUGCCUACUGUGAGUUUCUUUUCUCAGUGGCAUGGUAGGCUAGUUGGAAUCUUUUUUCAUGCUGCUAGCAUGCAUGAACAUGUGACAUGAGCAGGAGAGCAAAAACCAACUGCUGCAAGUGACUAAGCUCCUGUACUGAGCUUCCAGCAGACUUUUUUUUUGUGUUUGUGUAUGGGUGCAGUUUUAAAAAGAAUGCCAAGACAUUUUUAUUUGCAGGUUUGAAAUCCCUUGGGUCUAAUUGCAAUGUGGUGAUUGUUUCUGCAUGGUUUGGCGAAGGCGUUACAUAGUGUUUAUUUUACAUGGCGCACAGUUUAGCCUGUUAUAAGUGACUUGUCAUUCGUUAUUGCCACAUUUUUUUCUAGCUCUGUUAUGUCUUAUAUACAUUUUGAUUUAUUAAUAAACAUUUUUAUUGCAGUUUU